GUCAGCGUCAUGCGGCACAGUACGGAGCUUCUCACUUUUCUCUACUGGACACUGCUGGCGGAAGGAAGAAUCGAAUCGAGAGUUCUGCGGAAAAAGCGCGGGCUAAACCCGAGGUUGUUGAGCAGCAGCCACGGGAACAAGAAUAUGACCGAAGAAGCCAAAAAGCUGGCCGCCUGGGCUGCUGUAAACAAUCACGUGCAGACUAAUCAUGUCGUUGGAAUUGGAAGUGGAUCUACAAUUGUUCAUGCUGUACAAAAAUUAGCUGAGAGGGUCAAAAAAGAGAAUCUCAACAUAGUUUGUAUACCUACCUCUUUUCAGGCACGUCAAUUGAUUCUGCAGAAUGGCUUGACCUUAAGUGAUUUAGACAGACAUCCUGAGUUGAAUGUUGCUAUUGAUGGAGCUGAUGAAGUUGACUCAGACCUCAGUCUCAUCAAAGGAGGAGGGGGUUGCCUGACGCAGGAGAAGAUAGUAGCUGGUUGUGCAAAAAGCUUCAUAGUUAUUGCUGAUUACAGAAAAAAGUCUAAAAACCUUGGAGAACAGUGGAAGAAGGGGAUUCCUAUUGAAGUUAUUCCAAUGGCCUAUGUGCCAAUCAUUAAGCUUCUGACCAAUAAAUUUGGAGGUAUUACAGAGUUGAGGAUGGCUGUCAAUAAAGCUGGACCUGUGGUGACAGACAACGGGAAUUUUUUAUUGGACUGGAAAUUUGAUAAAGUCCAUAAUUGGAAUGAAAUGAAUAUAGCAAUCAAGAUGAUACCAGGAGUGGUGGAAACAGGUCUCUUCAUCAAUAUGGCAGAGCGGGUUUACUUUGGCAUGGAAGAUGGUUCUGUUAGUGUACAUGAAAAGCCAGUUCACUGACUUCUUACAAUUAUUCAGUUCUGCUCUGCUAUCUUGUUAUGAUGCCAGCUUGACAACUUGCCUUAAAGCAUUCAGUCUGAAUCUCAGUGAAUGGAGUUAAAAGGUCCAGAGAAUGUCAUCUUAAAAUCUAUUUUUUAAUGUAAUUUUUAAAAAGUGAUCAUCAUUUUGAAUGUUUCAAACUUUUUAUUUUUUAUAUAAUUUACAAAAAAGUUACUUUGUGCAGAAUUGAAAUAUUUUGACUGCAGUGCAUUAUGAGGGGAAGAAAGUAAAUAAAAUAUAUGAUAUGGUUGAAUCCAAAAAACCCAAGGCGUAUUUGUGUGAAAGGGCUGUAUUCAGCUAGAAAUCAUUUUGGUUCUAUAUUUUAUGCCUUUAAAAUGAUUUUAAUCAUUAUUUUUAAUUAGAUAAUGUCUUGUUAUAUUCUUGACAAUGCGACUAAUAUUUCAGCAGUUGAUUUUUGUAAUCUAAAUUAAAAUUUAAUUUCUGCCUAGAACUUUCUUAACUACCGUAUAUACUCGA